AUGUCUGAACACAAUGAUGAAUUCUUUGAUGAAGAAGAAGAAGAGUUGCACGAAAAUGAAUCCUUCACAAGUAUUUGGGAUCUUGUUCCUGGAUAUACACAAUCACCACUAGAUUCCAUGCUUGAAAACGAGGAUAGUACCACACUAGAACAGGUUCUCGACGAAGAUACUCUCAUUCAAGAGCUGAAAUCGGCUAACCACAAAGUCAUUGCUUUCUUGAGCAAGGAUGAGAAUGUUGCCAAGUUGAUUCAAUACAUCAGUCAAGAAGAAUAUCUUCAACCAGGUCAAACACUUACCUCAUCUGAUCUCGAAAAAGAAGAAGAAGAGACACUCAAAAGAACUUACAAAUAUCCAUUCAUCACAUCUGAAAUAUUUAACUGUGAUAUUGAAGAAAUUGUACUUCCAAUUGUAAAAUCGAAAGAAAAGACAAUCGCUCUCUUCUCAUACCUCCAAAACAAAGAUGAAAGCAGAACACCAAAGAAUCCAUCACUCUCCCAAUACUUUGUGAAGGCUGUCUCCAACCUUUUACAAAAGUACUACAAGGAGAUUGUCGAUGCAUUGAUGGAUAAACAUUCCACAGAUUUCAACAUUUUGAAGACCUUUUUCACAGACCAUAUCGGGUUGUGUGAUAUGGAUACACUAGUGUUGAAGGUAUUAGGAUUUGAGACAUCCGAUGACAGCUUUGAUCAAGACGGAUUUGGAGCUUUUGCUACACAACAACGUAUUCGUGAGUUGUUCCUCAUGAAACAACGAGGAAACGAUCAAGAUCUUCAACAAAAGAGAAAACAAGUUAGAGAAUGGGCUAUUAACAAUAAUUUCUUUAACUUGGUUUUGACCAAACUUGAGCAAAGUCUUGACAAUGAAGAAGUUCAACGGAAUGUCUUUAGUCUCCUCUCUCAAAUUGUGGAAAAGGGAUACAGCAACGGAAACGAGUUAACAAUGGAGUUGUUAUCUGAACAACAUUUGAAUACUAUUUUAGAUAUCAUGUUCAAAAACACUUCUUCAACGAUAUUGGUUCAUGGAAUACCAUUCCUUCGUGUGGUCAUAUCUGCCAAUGAAGAAUCAGAUGAUUCUGAUGGUGACACACUUUCCGAAGAUGAUGAAGGAACUUCCAAUAAGCACUCUAAUCACUCAGCAAUUCUUUCCAAAGUUCUUCCAACCAUUCUUUCCCGUACAAAACAAUUCCUUUCUCUUCUCAAUGAUUCCGAGUUUGUUUCAAGAAUUUCUAAACUUGAGCUUUCUCAUGCACUCUUGGAUCCGCCACUAGGUGAGACUAGAUUGAAGGUGGUUGAACACUUGCUUACAAUUUUCAAAGUUACACAAAACAAUCCUGAUUAUCAAAAGGAAUUGGUUUCUCUAGGCGUUAUGGGAGUUUUGAUUGAUUUGUUCUUCACCUACGAAUACAAUUCCAUGCUACAUGUUCUUGUUUUUGAAAUGGUUAAGAUUGUCAUGACUGGCACUAACACUGAGAUGAAAUUAAGUCUUCUACAAGAUACAGAAUUGUGUCAAAAGAUCUUGAAGGCCAUUGAAAAGAACAAGGCCAAACUCCAAGAGGCAAAAGGCUCAAGUUUAGGUUAUAUGGGCUUCCUUGUCGAAAUUUCUAAUUUACUCAAAAAGACAGGAGAUGCAAACACAGAAGUAUCAAAGUUUUUAUCAGGAGUUGAAGGAUGGAAGGAGUAUACCACUGGAUUUUUACAAGAACGAAACUUGCAGAACGAAAAACAAUUAGGAGGUCCUGUUCCAAUUGGUACCUUUGGAGCUGCAAGCUAUAUGGGUGAGGAAGAUGACGACGAUGAUUAUGGAUAUGAUGAAGAGGAUAGUUCAGAUUCUGAUGAAGAAGUCAUUGUCAGAAGAUCAACCGAAGAUUCUGACUCUGACGAAGAUGAGGACGGUGAGGUUGUCAGAAGGCACUAUUAG